CGCCUACUCCUCACGUGACCAGGGCAGGGCGCGGCUGGGACCUUAGGUACAGCGAUGUCACGUGACGUCGUCACGUGACGCCGGCGCCCGGACCACGUGGUGCGCGGGCGCCAUGGCGGCGGCGGCGGCGGCGGCCCAGAGGGGCGGCGGCGGAGGCGGCGGUGGCGGUAGCGACGGGGGCGGAGGAGGAGGAGCCGGUGGCGAGGCCGGGGGCAGCUCCGGAGGCCGCGAGCCCGACCCGCCCCCCGGGGCCGGUGGCGCCUCCUCGGAUCAGAUCAUGCAGACGGGGGCGAUUCUGCUGCGGGGGUUCAUCCGGGACCGCGUGGCGCGGUGCGGGGACGCGCAGGCGGUGGCGCUGAGCCUAUCGGAACUGGGGGGGCCCCAACCCUGCACCCCCGACACCAAACGGCUCAGCGAGUGCCUGCGGCGCAUCGGCGACGAACUCGACAGCAACACCGAGCUGCAAAGGAUGAUCGAGCAGGUCGGCUGUCAGGCCCCGAAGGAGCUGUUUUUCCGCGUGGCAGCCGAGAUGUUCGCCGACGGCACUUUCAAUUGGGGCCGCGUCGUCGCCCUCUUCUACUUCGCCUGCAAACUGGUGCUAAAGGCGCUUUGCACGAAGGUGCCGGAGCUCGUCCGGACCAUCCUCACGUGGACCAUGGAGUUCGUGCGGGAGCGCGUGCUGGCGUGGAUCCAGGCGCAGGGGGGCUGGGAAGGUCUCCUCUCUUACUUCAGCACCCCGACUUGGCGAACCAUCACCAUCUUCACCGCCGGCGCUCUCAUGGCCUCUCUCACCAUCUGGAAGAUGUCGUAGGGUUUUGGGGGCCCCCCCUGACCCCCCCAGAUUGGCCCCUGCCGGCAGGGAUGGUGCUGACCCCCCCCUUUUUUCCAGCUUUUCGGUGCCUUCCAGGAUAUCGGGGGGUGGUUUUUAAUAGGACUUUUAGGAUUUAAAUUCGGGGGGGGCCCCCCCAAAAAAAUCCCUCCCCCCAAAAAAAUAAUGUGUGUGUCCCCCCAAAACAACAUCGGCCUUUGUUCUUGGGGGGCCCCAACGCGGA